CAGUUGGCAGCACUGUACUGUUUCAUUUUAGUGCAUCAUGGCGGACCCGUUGAGUUUGUUGCGACAAUACAAUGUCAACAAAAAAGAAAUUAUUGAACGUGAAAAUCAAAUUAUUUUCGGUGAAUUUUCAUGGCCGAAAAAUGUAAAAACAAAUUACUUGACCUACGGGUCCGGUAAAGAUGGAACACCAAAGGAUUAUUAUACACUAGAGUGCCUUUUAUUCUUAUUGAAACAUGUUCAACUUACUCAUCCUGUUUAUGUACGACAGGCGGCAGCGGAAAAUAUUCCCGUUGUACGUCGACCCGACAGAAAAGAUCUUUUGGCAUAUCUCAAUGGUGAGACGGCAACAUCGGUUGCUAUUGAUAAAUCAGCACCAUUGGAAAUUCCCACACAGGUGAAACGUACUGCCGAGGAUGGUCUUGAGAGUGGUUCAUCGAAGAAGCCACGAUUUGAAGAGACACACGUGCAAAAAGUCAAGGAACAACUGGCAGCAAGAUUGGAUGCACCAAAAGAAGCUUCAGUCACUGUUGACAAUAUAAAAUCAUUGUCAGAGGCAAUGUCAGUGGAGAAAAUUGCCGCUAUUAAAGCAAAACGUUUGGCGAAGAAGAGAACAACAAUUAAAGAGAAUGACGAUAUAGGUAUGGGAUCUGAUCUGAAAGUUAUAUUGGAUAUGGAUGUUGAUGAUACAAAGGAUAUUGUUUCACGUGAACGACAAUGGCGUACAAGAGCAACAAUAUUACAGAGUAGUGGUAAGGUUUUUGCAAAAAAUAUUCUCGCAAUUUUACAGGGUAUUAAAGCGCGUGAGGAGGGCAGACAAAAAGGACCUGUUGCACCAACACCGAUGAUAACACCAAGAUCAACGCCAAUGAGACCAUUGCCACAACCAACGCAAUACAAUCGUUACGAUCAGGAAAGAUUUAUUCGUCAAAAAGAAGAGACAGAAGGUUUCAAAAUUGACACUAUGGGCACAUAUCAUGGUAUGACCUUAAAGUCUGUGACUGAAGGUACAAAUCCAUCAAUUAGAAAACCACCAACUGUGCCAAGUGCAACUCCAACGUCAGGUUUAUUGCCAACAUCGGCUGCUAAAUUAACACCACAACAAGCAGCACAAAAUAAACGACCCAGUAGAACGCCAAUUAUUAUUAUUCCUAGUGCCACAACAUCUCUUAUUACCAUGUAUAAUGCAAAAGAUAUUUUACAAGAUUUGAAAUUCAUCACCAAUGAGGAAAAAAGAACACAAGGCUGUAAGCGUGAAACGGAAAUUCUCCUACAGCGUAGAAAAGAAGGUGGUUUAACUGUUCCAUAUCGUGUUGUUGAUAAUCCACAAAAAUUAAAUAACGCUGAUUGGGAACGUGUUGUGGCAGUCUUUGUCAAUGGACCCGCUUGGCAAUUCAAGGGAUGGCCUUUUGAUGGUAAUCCCGUGGAAAUUUUCUCAAAAAUUUGUGCAUUUCAUAUCAAAUAUGACGAAAUGAGACUGGACGCAAACGUAGGGAGGUGGGCAGUAACAGUAAUUGAAUUGAGUCGAACAAAGCGGCAUUUAGACAGGGCGGCUCUCAUGGUCUUCUGGGAACAUUUAGACAAACACAUGAUAAAGAACAAACCUCACCUUCGUUUCUGAAAAUCUUUUUUCCAUCAAGAUGACCAGAGAGAAAGCUUAAUAAUAUACCAGAGAUAUAGAGCACGAGUUGCAUUAAUUUUGACACGUGUGCAGAGCAAAAUUUAUUUACAGCAAAAAUACUACCUUUAGCGUUUUUGGAGUAAAAAUAAACCUCUUUCCUGGUUUUAAAAGACGAAAAAAAUAAUGUAUCAGUCGCAAUGAAAAUUUGGCAGUUAAUUUGAAUCUCAGUGUCCUUUCCAAUCAAGUUGUCUGCCCAGAAUGUAUUCACAUUUUGUUUUUGUAAAAUAAUUUACUAAUCGUAAGUGAAAAAAAAAAUUAAAAAUACAUUUAUCUAAGAAUUAAAGUGUUAUUGGUAACAA